AUGGCAGCAGACCUACUCACACCGACGGACUGUACAUUGCCGCGCGAGAAGGUAUUCUCCGUGCAAAUCGGCACGAAGCUCUUCCGUCUCUCCGGCGCCUCCAUCGCAUCCGACGACCAAUUGAGUCAGAACCCCGAUGGGAACAAUAUCCGCACCCUCUAUAUCGACCGCGACCCGGUCACCUUCCAGGAAAUUGCGCGACAUCUGCAAGGAUAUCACUGCAUGCCCAAAGAUGGAGCUGAAUUUGUCAAGCUCUUCGCCGAUGCGCAAUUCUACAGCCUCCCCCGCUUAAUGUCGCAACUCUUCGAAUCCCAAAUCAUAAUCCAAAUCGGCGACCGCCACUUCCAAAUCUCCAAGGACAUCUUCUCCAACCCCGGCGACAGCCCUAACUUCUUCACUCUCGGCUUCGGCGCCUUCUUCGCUUCCCCCGCAGAAGUCUUCCCGGGUCUAGACAGACGCGGUCUCCUACGCCCUCCGGCCAUCAUACCCCCCAGCGUACCCAACCGCUCCGGCGACGUCUUCGCGCAACUCGUCCACCUCCUGCAAGGCUACCCUCUUAAAAUCGAAAGCGAAUCGCAGCGUGCAGAACUUCUCCGCGACUGCCGCUACUUCCACCUCCGCGGCCUCGAGCAGAAACUCAUUCCGCACCAUAUAAGCUUCAAUCCUGUCCGGCGGCGCUCGGAGAUAACACUCCGCCUCGAGGAUGUCCGGCGCUCGGGAAUCCAGGUCGAAACACCAGCGGACAGCAGCGGCGGGCGCGGGGGUGGCGGUGGUGUAGCAGUGAGAUACGCGCGCCCCUUCGUCGACGACUCACCACAUGACCUAGUCCUCCAAAUCGGCGAGGAAAGCACAAUCAUCAACCUCGCUACCAUGCGCCCAACGUUCUUGAACUCCACACAAGCGCGCGUCUCCAGCCUCCUCCAGGUUAUCCUCGACCGGAAGACCAACAGCAACAGCACCUCUCGAUCCCCGAGCAACGGCCCAGGCGCAACCGCAACCGCAACCGCACACUCAAUCCGCGUUCAGAUCGACGAGGAAACGGAUCUGACGAUAGACGGGGAACAACAGGCUAGCAAUCACAAAUACCAUACCCCCGACUCAACAUCUGCAUCUGCGGAGCCGCACGCAAAACGCAGACGUGUAAAAGGGGAAGGGUCAGAGUCAGCCCUGCCGCAAUAUGAGGAACGCGAUGGGAGUAGUAGCGGCUCCUGGAUUGUACGGAAUGGCCAGUGGCGCAUUGCGAUGCGGCCGGCGAGUGGUGGAGUUGCAGGCGAUGGUGUGGAGUUUGUUCUGGUGGGCGUCAAGCUGGAUGUUUAUACCAGGGAGCGGGUACGAAAUCGGAAACAGCCGUUUUUGGGCUCUUGA